AUGGAGUACAAGCACUUUAGCCACCAUCACAAAUUGAAGGUCCACCAAAUCACCGAAGGCCAAACCAUCCGCUGUUCUGGCUGCGAAAGGCUUUGCCAGAGCACACAUGUCGUUGGAUGCAGCCAAUGCAACUUCUUUCUCCAUACUCUUUGCUAUAGCGCUGAACGCUACGUCAAAAAACAUUCAUCAGAUCCUCAACACCCUCUUGUUCUGAUCCCCAAGCCAACUUACUGCAGUGGAUCAUUCAUCUGCAACAAAUGCGGAGAAACUGGCAGCUCGUUUUCUUACUGUUGUACGCUCUGUGAAAUUGAUCUUCAUCUUCAUUGCGCUUUCCUGCCUUUGAAGGCAAGUCACAAUUUACAUCAACACGAGCUGCAAUUGACAAAAUAUUCAGAGGGUCAAGGCCAGGAUGAGUUUUGUAAGGUCUGCAGCAAAUUGUUGAGCGCGAAGUAUUCUUUUUAUUCUUGUCACGCUUGUCAAUUUGAUGCGCACAUUUACUGUGUGGUCAAUGAGGUGAAACCAUUAGAAGGGGAUCAUGAUGCUUCUUCAGCUUCAGGAACGUCGUCUAAUACACUAACUGCAGAAGAGAUGGCUGUGGAGUUGUAUAAUCUUCAACUGCAGAUGGAAAUGACCAAUGCAUUUGCUCAGAUGAUCGCCUCAUUCAAACCUAUUAUCUGA